AUGCCUCUCCCGCCUCGAUCGUCGCCAGGAGGCUGCGCGCCAGAUGCGGCGCCCGCGACGCGACCGCCUCACACGCCACCGUCCAAUCCGUGCCGACCACGGCAUCGCAAGUCGCUCUCGCUGGGCGGCUCGGUUGGGUCAGGCGGACCUGCUGUCGCCCCCUUCCCCGCCGCUUCUGCUUCUGAUGUUGGUAGUGGUGGUGGUGGUGGUGGUGGUGUUAUGGGUACGGUUGUGUGUGCUUCAUAUUCGCCCAACAGAGCACCUGUAGAGGGCAGGCCGCCUAAGAGCCAACACCAGCCACGGCAGCAGCAGCUGCGGCAGCAGUGUCUACAGAAUCAGCUUGAGCAGCAGCAGCAGCAGGGCAGGGAGGGACACAGGCGGUAUGUUUCCUGGGACUUGACUGCCGGAGGACUGGCAGGGAGCACACGCCGCAUGCACACUCCAGCUGCUGGUGCCGAAAGUACCUCGUCUCACACUCCUGUGCCUGCCACGGCAGCAGACGCAGAGGAGGACGAGGCGGAGGAGGGGGAGAGGGAGAGGGAGGAGGAGGAGGAGAGUUCUUAUGUGAGGCGCGCGCACGGGAGCGUGAGGGGAGUGAUGAUGAGCGGCGUCACUUUUUUUGCCCCUGCCGCGGCGGCUGCUGCUGUUGCCAGUGAAGCUGCUGCUGCUGCUGCUGCUGCUGCUACUGUUGGUGGUGAGAAUGGCACGGCUGCUGCCAGGGAUGGUGCAGGAAGUGUCUGGGAGAAUGCGAGUUCAUCCAGCGAGCCUCUGCAUUUGCAGUGGGGGGGAGAGGACUCGGCACGAUGGCUGGAGGAGCGUGCGUUGGUGUUCAGGCAGGAGCUCAGAUGGGGAGGGGCGGAGGGAGGCGCGUGGGGGGCAGGCGGAGGAGGCGGAGGAGGAGGAGGAUUAAUGCGAGGGGGUUCGAUUGUCACCAGCAGUCGUGGUUUCAUGCCUUCCUUUCACGCGGGAUCUCCAUCUGCUGCUGCUGCUGCUGCUGUUGCUGCUGCUGCUGCUGCUGCGCCGGUCACCUCUCUCUCCACUGCAAGAGGCCACCCCAUCGUCCGCGGAUGUGUCAUCUCCCCCAACCGCCCAUCACACUCAUCAACAGCGGCAGCAGCAGCAGCAGCAGCAGCAGCAGCAGCAGCAGGAGGAGGCAGUACAGCCCCGGCUGGUUCGCAACAAAAGGGAGGAGGAGGGGACGGCAGGAAGAGGGGCAGCGGCGUGGGGCGUGGUAGCAAGGGAGGGAAGAAAGGGGCGAAGAAGAAAGAGGGAGUUGAGUUGGGAGGUGGUGCGGGGAACAGCAGGCGGUUAGGAGGGGUGGAAUGGGGUGUGGGAAGCCAGAGCAUGAGGAUUCCGGACAGGGAGGGGUAUGAUGGAGGGGCAGGAGGGAGGAGAGUGGCAGGGGAGUGGAGAGGGACAGAGGAGUCGAGAGGGACAGGGGAGUGGGAAAGGGUAGGAAGAGAGAUUGGCCGAGGGUCAGAGGGAUGGGGUGAGGGAGAGGGGGGUGAAAGGGAAGGAGGGGGUGAGGAAGUGGGAGGGGAAGUGGGAGGGAAAGUGGGAUGGGAGGGGGGAUUGGGAAGGGGGCACAGACGGACAGGGUCGGAGCCUUCGAGCGUGUGGGUUGGGGAGACGGGUGCAGAUGGAAAGGGGGGGCAGUUAAAGGGGCGGUUAAAGGGGCGGUUAAAGGGGCGGUUACAAGGGCGUUCUGAAGGCUACUCUGCUAUGCAAUCAGCGGAAGAAAAGGAGGGAUUCGGAAGGCCGGGUUGUGGGGAGGAGGAAUGGAGGGUAAAGGGGAAAGGGAGGGGAAGUUGGAGGGCGGAUCGGAGGAGCAGUGAUGAGCCUAAUGGGGGUGCAGUGGUGGUGGUGCACGGGGGCUUUGGGGAUAGGAAGACGAAUGGGGGGUGGGAGGAAGAGGAGGGCGUGGAUUGGCGAGGGGGGGAGUUGAGGGGUUGGCAAGGGGAGACGGGAGGGGAGAAGGGAGAGGGGCGGUGGGGAGAGGAAGGUAGUUGGGAUGUGGAUGGGGAGGCUUGGACGAGGGAAGGGGAGAGUGUGUGGGCAGGGGUAGGGAGUGAGGGUGUGGAUGAGGGGGGCAGAGGGAGGGAAGGGGGUGGGAGGAGUGGAGGGAGGAGUGGCGGUAGGAGUGAUGGGAGGAGUGGUGGGAAGAGUGGUGGGAGGAAUGAUGGGAGGAGGAGGAGUGGUGGUGGUGAAGAGUGUGGGGUGUACGACAUGUGGUGCAAUGGUGAUGGGAGCGAGAAUGCUAUGAGAGGCCCCCUCCUUGCGGAGAAUAGCAAGGAUCUUGAGGAUGUUGACGAGGAGGGGGCGUGGCAGGGAAACAACGUUGCAGGGAAGAAUGGGCUGCCUUGGUCUUGCUGCGAGGAGCAAGGAGCAGAGAGCAGCAAGGAGCAGAGGGUGAGUGGGGAGCACUGGGGGAAACUUGGGGUUGAGGAGGGAGCAUUAUGGGACGUUGGGGGGAGGAGAGAGGAGGGGGAGGAGAAGGAGGGGGAGCAGGAGGAGGGGGAGGAGGAGGAGGAGGAGGAGGAGGAGGAGGAGGAGGAGGAGGAGGAGGAGGAGGAGGAGGAGGGGGAGGAGGGGGAGGAGGGGGAGGAGGAGGAGGAGGAGGAGGAGGAGGAGGAGGAGGAGGAGGAGGAGGAGGAGGAGGAGGAGGAGGAGGAGGAGGAGGAGGAGGAGGAGGAGGAGGAGGAGGAGGAGGGAAAGCGAAGGCAGUUCUUACCUUGGGGCAUGCAGGUGGGAGGACAUACGAGAGAGGGAUCGGAAGAAAGGCUGAGCGGUGCAGAUCGCUUGUGCUUAGAGGAUAGGGAGGAGGGUAGCCGGAAGGGGAUUACUAGCCGAUGGUCUGAGGACAUGGGUGGCGCUGGGGAUGGGGAGGAUGGAGAGGAAGGGGACGAGGAUGAAGAGGAGGAAUCUGAGGAGGAAGAGGGGGAGUGUGGUGAUAAUGAUGAUGAUGAGGAGGAGGAGAGAGAGGAGAGAGGGGAGGGCGCAGAUGGUGAGAAGCCGUGGGGAGAUCCAGGUCCCAUGCACAGUGGUAAUCGUGAUAAAGGGUUUGAGAAUUCUCGAAGAGAAUCCAUUAGCGGUGGGGAGAGUGGGGACAGUAGGAGCAGUAGCAGCAUUAGUUGCAGUGAGAGCAGUGGGGAGAGUGGGGAUGAUGGGGAUAGCUGGGAGAGCGGGGCAGGCGAGGUUGAAGGGAGAGGUCCGAGAGGAGAGUCAGGGAUGGUAGAUGCUGUGGAGAUGUUAGUACUGGAUCAUGAGGAGCAUGCAUGCUCAGGUGAGAAUGAUGAUGGUGAUGAUGGUGAUGGUGAUGGUGAUGAUGGUGAUGGUGGUGAUGGGGAAGCAGAGGGCAUUACUGAUGGUUAUGAUGGCAACGAGGAGGAACCUGAUGGUGCAUGUCAAGACGCUGGCAGGGGUUGGAGUGUGCCGGGUUGGGGUACUGUGGGCGAUCAGAUGGGUGCGGGCUGUGCAGGAGUGGAGGAUGCGGAUGAGGAGGAGGGGGGGGGGGAGGAGGAGGAGGAGGAGGAGGAGGAGGAGGAGGAGGAGGAGGAGGAGGAGGAGGAGGAGGAGGAGGAUGAGGAGGAGGAGGAGGAGAGUGGGGGGGAGGAGGAAGAGGAGCAAGAAGAGGAGGAGGAAGAGGAGGAGGAAGAGGAGGAGGAAGAGGAGGAGGAAGGCGAGAGCAGGGAGCGGAAAGAGGGGGGCGGUCGGGGGCAGUGUGGGAUGGACAGAGUGUGGCAGGGAGAUGAGCUCAGGCAGCAAGGUGUGCGGCAUGAGGGGAGUGGGGGGGUUGGUGUUGGAGGGAGAGGGGGGAGUGUGUCGAAAGGGCGAGUGACUGCUGCUUCUGCAGUACGUCAGCUCAAGUCUGAAGCUGGUGCUUGUGGCGGCUCAUUCAACUCCCCCCGGGUAUUCCUCAAGCAGGUGCCGUGA